CAAAUGAAACACUUUUCCUGCUUGGGCUACAUUUUUGCACUCUUUGUGCUCUGCCAGCUUGCGACCGCCGGUUUGAUGAAGGAGCAGUUGAAGCAGCUUGCGCUAGCAUCGCCAGACGGGAUCAUCCACGCUGACGACCACUUGUUCAAACAGCUCUUCUACGGCGCCAGAAAGGACUACUACCUAGCCACCGUAUACACAGCUGUGCAUCCGCAAUUUGGGUGCAGUUUAUGCGGCAGUUUUGACCCCAGCUUCCGCACUGUAGCUGCUUCCUGGAACUUGGAGAGACCGGACUCGGAAGAGUUGUUCUUCGUCAUCCUAGACUUCAGCGUCAAUGAGCAGACCUUCAACAUGAUGAACAUGAAGACGGUACCGCACUGCUGGAUCUACGGCCCUACCGAUGACGUCGCGACAAAGCCUCAGGAUGAACACUUCGGGUAUAAGAUUCCGGAAGAUCCGACUGCGUUGCACUUUGCUGACUUCCUCUCCAAACUUUUGUCCACGAGUAUCUUGGUGCACGUGCCGUUUGACACCCAAAAGUUUGUUAAAACCUUUGCCAUCUCGUUUGCGGUUAUUCUCUUCCUUAAGAAACGUGCAGCGAAGCUCAAGGACAAGUUGGGGGGCUCGUUUGUGUACUGCACCGCCUGCAUCUUGUUAACUGUGCUUUUUGUCACCGGCUUCAGCUUUGCCAAGAUCAAACUGGUUCCGUUGCUUGCCCGUAACGAGCACGAGGAAAUCAUGUACAUCAGCGGCGGAUACUCGUACCAGUUUGGUAGCGAGAUCUUCAUCAUCGGCGCGAUCUACUUAGGGCUAGCGGCUCUUUUUGUGACUUUGAUCGCCAUCCAGAAGGCGCCAUCGGACCAGAUACAGCUCAAGACCAAGAACGCGGUCACCAUUUUGUGCUGCGUCGCGUUGUACGCGUUGUACAGUGUGCUCACGAGUAUUUUUUUGGGAAAGAAUCCAGAUUUCCCCGUGGUUUUGCACAGGAUUUUCUAACCUUGAUAUAUAUUAUAGAUAUGCUGCCUAGGCAAUAUAGUGACGAAACAAUGGGAUACGUUGAAAGGCCCAAUGGACAUAGGCAAUUUGAAAUUAGUAGC